AUGGCUUUCAAUUCGACGCCAGACCUGCAUCUAUAUUCCCUGCCGAAUGAGGUAUUCGUGCAAAUUCUCACGCCCUUUACCACUCGCGAGCUCCUCCAUCUGGCGACUGUCUCUCAACGCUUCCAUGCCCUCGUCUUACGUCUCCUACACUACCGACUCCUUCUUACGGCGUCGUUAACAGAGUAUAAACUGAUAUUGGAAUGCUUUCAUCCGACGUCUAAACUGACCGAACCCCACGUCUUCUGUAAAUACAUCGGCACGCCUGGCUUAAGUGACAAGUAUGAGGGAGAGGGUUCGCUCUACGAGAACAUCGACACGGCAAAACAGCUUGGGAGACUGGGCUCAGUAUACUCGAUAUUUAGACCUGUAGAAUCAGAAGAGGAGGGCUCAGCUGAUGUGGCACGGGGCGAACACCUGGAUAUCGAGGACUCCCUUGACGAUGCACUCACAGUACGGAGACCUGUUACCAUAGAGGGAUUUGAAGAUUUUUCCCAACUCUGCGUUGUGGUGAACGUGGUGAAGGUUUUCCCAGGAACGACUGCCCUCUUAAGCGCCGUGAACGUUGAGGAUGGUGUGGUGAGGCUGUUCCGAAAUUGGCUCAAGACCCAAGCAAAUUCUCCACAAGAUUCUCGAUAUCGCGAUGACGACUCGAGAAACCAAGGCUCUGACAUUCUGUGGGUUGACCAAAGCAAAAACGUCGGCCUGAAAUUUCGGGUUCGAGAAGAUACCAAACUAGAUUCCAACUUCCCCGUACUUGUCCACCGUGAUGAAGAAUCGUUUUCUAGCUAUGAGAUAUGCAUCGAUGAACUCCAUAUUCGCACUACACGGCUUCUCUUGACUGUAGAACAGUCGGUUCGAGAACAACAGAGCUACCCUCCUGUUUCGUUAAUGUUUGUCGGCCAACCAUCUAGUUAA